AUGUCAAUUCUGUUUCUUCCCAAUGAGCUUCUCCUGCUCAUCGCAUCUCAUCUUGAACGCAGAGACAUGAAUGCGCUUCUUCAGACACAUUCAUCACUCUAUCAUGUGCUUGUUGGCUGCCUCUAUCAGGGAAACGUGACAGACCACGGACCCUCCGCAGUAGCGUGGGCGGCAAAAGUCGGCUCUAUCGGCACACUCGAACGGUUUCUGGGUGCAGGAGUGGACCUUCACUGGAAAUCAUGGUAUCGAGCUCGUAUGAGUAGAGUUCUUCCGAGAAGCAGACAGUACCGGAUUAGAUCGAUGUUGGUAGACACAAAGCGUGACCACCCUAUCUGCUAUGCAGCUGCUAAUGGACACGGAGAGUUCGUGCGGAAGCUCAUUGAAAAGGAUGUUGAUAUCAACUUUAAAGAUGCUGACGGACGAAGCCCUCUCGCCCUGGCAGCCCGUCAUGGCCAUUUCGCCCUGGUGCAAAUGCUUAUUUCUCUCGGCGCAAACCAACUUGCUUAUGAUAGAUUUCAUCAACGACCAGUUUCAAGCGCUGCUUCUCAAGGUCAUAUUAUCGCCGAUUAUCUUCUCCAGGAGCUGGCCAACUAUUCUCCAAUGAAGCUGGAUCAUACCAUCAAAGUUGACAUUCAGUGGAUGCUUCUGUAUGCGGCAAAAGAAGGAAACGAAAAACGCGUCCGCGCUUUUCUGUCAAAGGGCGCUGAUAUCAACUUCAGACCAAAGGGAGAACGAUGUACACCGCUGUGUGGCGCACUGUUCUCGGCGCCCAGGCCAUUGAGAAUUGUUAAGUUUUUACUAGCUCGAGGCGCAGAUCCAAACAUUUCCGCACCUCAUCAAGAGAAACGACCGGCAUGGAAACUGCCUCCAAAUACACCACUUCGGCUCGCUAUGCUCCGCGAGGAGAGUUUAGACCUAACCAAGGUCUUGUUGAAGUCGGGAGCAGAUGCCAGACAGUCUAGUUUGGCUUUGUUCGAAGCGGUCACACUUAAAAAAGCUGCAGAGUUCCGGCUCCUACUGGCUCAUAAUGCUGAUAUUCACGUACGUCUGCGACGCAAGUCCCUUGCUAAGUUGACUCUGGAAAGUGAUUGUCAGAGUAUCAGAGAACUUGGUCUGGAGUGGGAUAUUGAUGCUCCAACACGGGAGCUCGCUCUGCGUAGGGUCCGUGGUAAUCCAGGUGGAGGUAGCCGACGCCUUCGCAGGCGUAGAGGCCAAUCUGCGCCGGAUGAGACCGUUUCGGCAGAGAGCAAUAGAGCUCUCUAG